UCCCCCUAUUCUUGUUUUUGUUGUCACCGACUUACUAGGGUUUGUGAGAGAGAAAAUCUACAUUACGGUUUUGACUUCCAGAUAUCUCAAAAGAUUAGGGCAGAGAGAUCAUCGUUCCAGAAUACCUUCAAGAAUCUGCUAGGGUUUCACUCUUUCAUCAAUAUCCAACAAGAUAAUCUGGUAUCAUACUGAUAGAACUAUAUGAUGCAUUCGGUAUUACCUAGUUUCUUGGUUAGCAUGAGUUGAUAAGAAAAUGGUAAGAUUGAGGAAGCCAUAUUAUAGACACUGGAAUGACGACUGUAUAAAUAUUGUGAACUGCAGUAUCUGUUUUGCACGAGUGUGCUCAGGAGAAAGCGGGGUUUGAAGAGUUUAAAGGAAGCAAUGUCUGCAUCAACAGUCGCAAAUCCUGCAGCAGCAGUGAAUAGCAAUAGCCCUUCCUUGUCACAGGGUUCAAGGAGAAGAACUGUUACGGUUAUGGAAAAGAAAUCUGCCAACUUUGAGAGAGUUGAAGAAGGUGGUGGUGGAGUUUCUGAACCUGUUAGGAAUGAGGAAGGGAGGGAUCUGAGCCAUACCAUCAGGGGAGAAACUCCACUUGAUAGAGAGAGAAACUUAUCAUCAUCUGUGCAAGUGAAGAAAGGUCUUGGGGACUCCACAAUUUCCCCUCGUCGUAAGAAAGUCGUGUCUAGAUCCCCUGCGAAACCCUUAUGGAGGACUCUACUCAGUGUUUUUGCCAAGAAUUUGGUGCUUCUUCUUGUACUUGUUGGGCUUGUGCAAAUGAUUCGGAUUUUGGCUCUUCAAUCUAGGGAUGGUGUUGUUUCUUCAGAUAUCGAGGAUCGAAUUGCGGAGGUGGAGAAGUUUCUGAAGACAACUACAAAGAUGAUGCAAGUUCAAGUGGAAGUUGUGGAAAGGAAGAUUGAGAGUGAAGUUGGUGGUUUAAGAAGAGAAAUUACUAAAAAAGUUGAAGAAAAAGGUGUCAAGUAUGAGACUGAGUUGAAAAGGUUAGAAGCUAAGGCGGAUGAAUUGGGUAAAUCUUUUGCUGAGUUGAAGGAUAGUGGAAUAUUAACGAAGGAAGACUUUGAUAGAUUUUUGGAUGAUUUUAAGAAGAACAAUGUUGAUGGAAGCGAAAAAGAAAUAAGUUUGGAUGAUAUCAGGGCUUUUGCUAAGGAGAUCGUUGAAAAAGAAAUUGAGAAACAUGCAGCGGAUGGACUUGGAAUGGUUGAUUAUGCAUUAGCUUCUGGGGGAGGCUGGGUACUUGACCAUUCUGAACCCUUCAUGCAUACAAAAGGUUCAGGUUGGCUUCCUUUUAGGAACCAGUAUGGAGCUCAUCGUGAUGCACAAAGGGUAUUGGAACCGAGUUUUGGGGAGCCAGGUAAAUGUUUUCCUCUCCAAGGAAGGUCUGGGUAUGUGGUAAUAAAGUUGCGGACAGCAAUUAUUCCGGAGGCUGUGACUGUGGAACAUGUUUCUAAGAGCGUAGCUUAUGACAGAUCGAGUGCUCCAAAGGACAUCCGUGUCUCUGGCUGGUAUCAAACAAGUGAGGCUAUUGCUGCUAGUGGUGGUGCUGAUCUAUCUCGUCAGGAUGAGAAGAAGAUGUUUAUGCUGUCUGAGUUUGUUUAUGAUCUUGACAGAAGUAGUGCACAAACCUUCAAAGUGGACUCAGGAGAAAACCGGAUUGUUAAUACAGUCAGAUUUGACUUUGAUUCGAACCAUGGAGGCCCUCACAUGUGCAUAUACCGCCUGAGGGUUCAUGGCCAUGAACCUGACUCAGUAGCUAUAUCUGAAUCUGAGUUAUAGCACAUGACCCGCGACUCAUCUCCCACACGUGUUUAUGACUUACUUUCGUAGUUAAAAGUUCUUUCUUUUGUUCGUCUGUGUCUUCUGCUUUUAAUCUUUUUGUAGUCUGGAAACUCUUGCAUCUGCGCGCCAACGUCUUAAACUCCUGAUCUUGUAAAUAUUUUACUAUCUUUUUGCCGCUAGCAUGACUUGUUUUAGAUUGUGUCUUUCUUGGAUGUUUUGUGCAUGUCAGAGAUCUUAGUUAUGGAUAGAUCGUACUUUGUGAAUACUAAGCAGAAGUUCUGGAGGAAAUCACUUGUUAUGUGCAGUUA